CCUAAGGCUUUCAGUGUCUUCUGGAGUCCCAGUGGAAAGGGACGAGUGUGCGUGCGUCCCUGGGUCGCUCUUACUUUGUGUCUGUGUCACUUUUGUGUGUUUUAUUCUCCUGAUUACACUCGUGUGAAUCGAUAUCACCCCGUGAUCCACGAGAGGAAUAUAAGUCAGAGGAACAAGACACCUGAAGCGAAGGAGGGAAAAGUGAGACGAAGGAAUAUAUAUAUAAAGCAGUGCAAUGUCUCCACCAUGAACCAGGGACGAGCUGGCUGUGACGCCUUGCACGUGGCCAAAGUUUCAUCAGCAGAAGAUGCGAAUAUAGACACAUCGUCAUUAUGAUCUCCCGACACAAGAUGUGGCCGCUGGUAUGGGCGGCGCUGUGGGCGUGGGCGGCCGCGCAGUACAUCGGCGAGGAGGAACUCUCACCCAUCCAAAAGACUGCUGAGAUCGGUGGGGCAACAAGAGAGCUGGACCAGAUCGGGCCGAAAAUCUUCACCGACCGAACCAACACGACACUGAACUGCGCUUCAGGCUCCAUGUUGGUGGAUGUGGAGUUCUACGAACCCUUCUACGGCAUCAUCUACCCCAACGGAUCCAGAAAUUCGGCGUGCAAAGUGCAGGGCCAUGGCAAGACGAAGUACCACCUCGAUCUCCCUCUCAAAGGAUGCGGCACCAAGAGGGUGGAGCGGCGAGUGUUCGUGAAUAACAUCAUCGUGAGGUUCCACCCCGGGCUGGAGCUGGAGGGCGACGAGGUUAAGACCAUCAUCUGCCGGUACCCGAGCCCGGAGGUCAUCCCGCCGCCGCCGCCGCCCGUGCCCAUCAAGGCCGGACCCCCGCCCCCCGGAACACUCGUUCCCGUGAGCGAGGUCGAGUUGCUGCUGAUCAUCUGCGCCAUCGUGUUUCUGGCGCUGCUCCUGGUAGGGAUGGCGUGCUCCUACACCUGCCUGAAGAAGCGCAACAUCCGGCUGGUCAAACGCCGCCCGAUGUCCCUGGGCGCCGCCUCGGACAUCACCAAGAUGUCGGGCUCGUCCCUCAUCUUCGACGGCGUGAAGAUCCCCCGCGCGCACGCCACCUCCACGUCCGACUCCGACACGGCGCUGGUCUCGCAGCCCGACACGCUGCCCUCCGACUACCCGUCCGACCCGCCGUCCAGCGGCUCCGAAGUGGAGGAGGCCGACCUGCGCUCGGUGGAGCGGCGCUCGUCCGCUGCCUCGAGCCGCAUGCAGGAGGAGACGAUCCACGCCUUCCAGAACCAGGCCUUCAUCAUGGAGGAGGACCGCCUGUCCUCGGCCUACUCCGACGCCAUGCUGCAGAGUGAGGCCGAGAUGGUGACGGCCGCGCAGGUGUCCAGGCCGCCGCAGCCGAGCUUCCUGGUGCGCGUGAAGCGAGCGCCCACGCCGCCCAAAACCCCCGAGCCCGACUACCCCGUGAUGUUGGCGCAGGCGCAGUCUCUCACGACCAUCCUGGAGAGUGAUGAGAGCUUCCGCGCCGAGAGCAUCCCCGGCUCCGAGCACGCGCUGCUCGUGUCGGAGUCCGAGGACCUCAUCCCGCCGCCAGCCAUCCUGCCGCCUCCCGAGUACGCCCACGUGCAUCGUCGCACGCUGGAGAUCCCCCGCCCGCCACCGCCGCCGCCCUCGGACUACGGCUCCGUCGCCCGUUCAGUGUCUGAGCACGACCUCGUAGUGGAUACGCGCGAGGCCGCGCGGCGCGAUUUGCGCCACGUGGAGAACGUACAGCUCGUCACGACCGAGACCACGGACGUCCGGGAGACGGUGGAGCGCAAUGGACGUCGCUACAUGGUGCGCCGCGCGCCCUCGGAGCCCGAUUCCGAGUACCCGUCGGAGGCCCGCAGCGUGACUGACGUCGUGGAGGACCUGCCCGUCGUGCCGCGGCCGCCGGAGGUGACCAGCCAUGUCGUCGACGACCGCCACAUGUCAACCAUUACUGAGACGACCACCACAGAGGACAUCGAGCGCCACCGACGCUUCGUCAAACAGUACCACGUGAAGCCCAAGGCGCUGCCGCCCCCGCGCUGGAACGUGGCCAUCCGCCAUUACCCGGGACCGAAGUACGCCGACGAGGUGGAGUCCUCGGGGCCCGAGUGGGAGGGCUACAGCGAGCCCGGCUCCGACGUGUUCCGCCAGCACCUCUUCCACGCUGACGAGGACGACCUCACGCAGCUGGAGGUGGAGAGGCUGGAGCACCCGCCGCCGCCGAAUUGGAACGUCCUGCUGCGCGUGCUGGAGCCGCCACGCACAGAGGAGGCCGUGCAGUACGUGCUGACGAAGGAAGACCGCGAGAAGUGGCGCCAGAUCAUCAGCACCGAAUCGACGCUGCGAACCAUGCUCACGACGGCCACCGUCAGGGAGGACUUCGAGCGCAUCCGCCACGACCAGAGGUACGAGAAGCUGUUCGAACCGAAGAAGUGGGACGUCAUCAUCCGCAUCCUGUCACCGCCGGACAUCCCGCACGACCGCUACGACUCCACCUCCGAGGCUCCGUCGGCGUCGGACACUGAGAGUCUGCCUUCGCGCGAUGGACGAAGGUAUCGCAAGAACGAGACGGUGGUGACGGUGCGCCGGCCGUCGCUCCCUCCGCUGUACGAGUACGACUCCGACGGGAACCCGAUCAUCGUCCGGCGUCCGGGCCCGCCCUCCGCCCGCUCCCGCAGGUCUUCCAAGUCGAGCAUUCACUCCGGCAUCGACGUCCGCUCCAUGACGGAGACGGAGGUGAACUUCACGCGCGCGGACACGUGGAGCGAGGCGAGCGGCCCGAGCAUGGCUCGCUCCAUCGCCGACCGAUCACAGCCCGAGAUGACGUACACGGUGCCCGUGCUCCCCGAUGACGAAUACCCCGAUACUGACUUCGACGACCGCAUGUCGGCGAGAACCGGCCGUUCUCUGGCUCGCUCGGCCUCCGAGUUCACCGAGGACUGGCGGCACCACGAGCCCGUGGACAGGUACUCGCACGUGUCGGAGUCGUCCGUGGGCAGCAAGCGCCCGAUGCUGGAGCGCGGCGUGAGCGAGUUCUACGAGGAGGCUCCUCACCUGAGCGACGUCCUCACCUCGCCUGACCACUCCCCCGAGGGCUCUCCCCGCGCCCCCUCCCGGUACCCACACAACUACCAGUAUCGCGUCCACCCGUACGACCACCAACGCUACACGACGCACUACCUGGACGAGCACGACGACGGCGACGACCACUUCGUGGAGCACCGCGAGCGCCGCGUCGACCGCCACGAGGUGAUGCAGGACGCGUACGUGGUGCGCGCGGAGAGGAGAGUUGACCACCGCUCCGACCGCUCCACCCACUCGGGCCGCGAGGAGGUGUACUCCGUCGCCGAGACCCAGGUGUCGGGCUGGGCGCGCAAGCACUAAUCCCUCCCCCUCGGCGCCUCCUGCUACCUUGGAGCCAGGCUGGCGGCGCAGUGUCCAGCGGCGAGUCCUGUCACCGCUAUUAACUCCAGGACACAGUGAAGUUCGCUAAUGUAUUAACAACUCCAGUACGUGUUACUGGAGUACUAGACCCAACUAACCUCCCAGGUGCAUUGUGUGCAUAUCUUAGUGCUUGAAAGGACGCUGUUCUGUGCUUUAAGGAAGCGAGAGAGACACUUAACCUGUGAGAUAGCGUAGAAACCGAGCAGGGCAGCCCCUGCUCGCGACACUUGCCUACUAAUACUGAGAGAGACAGCGGUGGUCUUAUCAGCCCCUCGCCAGCGCCAUUAUUGCCCCUUGUUGCUGCCCCUUGCACGCGCUCACACAUACACUCACGCACAAACACACGUACAAGCACUCAUAUAACAUUAACCCAUACAUCUAAAGAAGGGGAACCUUAGCUCUAAUCAUUGUGCAAUAUGACACGUCAUAUCUUACGCCACAUAGUUUCAACCACUUAAAAAAACAUGCUAGUGAUCUAGUUCAUGCACAGCACCGUAAGGUGUCGUGCGUUGAAACUUGGUUGGAUAUCAUGUGGCGCACUUUCGGGUGUCGCUUCGAGCGGCAGCAGCGUGAGGUCAUGACCCGAUCUCGCAGUUUCAUCCCUAGUCAUCAUCCCGCGGGAGGGCCAGGCGAGGGGGGCUAGGAGCGCCGCAUGUUAAGCCGCUGGGGUAUGGACUUAUUCUGGCACGCAGAUUUUGUUAAUGCAAUGCAACUGUGUAAUGCGUUGCCUUUGCCGUGCUUUUGUAGUAAACGAUGAGCAACAACAGCAAAAAGUGCGCCUUCGUGCCGUAAGUGCGUAUCCCUCCAGACGCGGCCAAGUCCUCUCGUCGCGCGGGUUGGGCUUCGUGGGACGUAACGGCAGAGUUACAUAUAUGAUGAAAAUAGUAAAAUAUGUUGUAGCAGAGAUGUUAGACUUGAACGUAAUGUAAGUGUAAAUGAACUAACGUCGAAAAUUUUAUAUAGCUUUCGUUAAAAAUACAUGACAACGAACUUUUUUAAAACCAAAUUAUUAUUUUUUCUACCCGAUGUCUGAUUCAGGUACGGUGAAUUAACACGUCAAAACGACGGCAAAGCUUCAAUGCUUCCUUGCAUGUAGACCAAGCUAUGUCCAGGGCAGGGCAAGCGGCACCAUAAUCUAAAAAAAAAAAAAAUGGUGGUGAAUGAAUUCCAGCUCUUCCGAUCUUUAUCUCUUGAAUAUAAUCUCUGAAUGGUUUCAUGGUGAUCUCAGUCAUGUAAAACUACAAGUCAAGUUAAUGGUUGUGAAAUAGUGAAAUCUUUUAAACCAAUAUGGCAGAAUGAGAAGUACCGAAAACCACACACUAGUUCUCACGCCUUGACCUGCCCUGCUGAGACAGCUUAAACAAGAAACAUUAUGUUCAACAGUUCUGUAUACUGAUCUUAACACAUAACAGUGCUUCGAAGUAAGAAUUACACAAAGAUAUUUCUCUAAUGAUGAUUAAUACUCUCACCAAAGUAACAAUUAAUACCUACUUAUCUAAGCUGAUAUCCACACAGCUCAUUCUGCCAAUACGAUGUUUCCAUCCUUUAAACAGAGGUACUUCAAAAGAAAGAAAGAGGAAACCCCCAAAACAAAAGAGGGGGCGAAUGCGAGUGUGUGCAGACGAAGUAUAUAUGUACGUGUGUCCGGCUUGGUAAAUUGCAGGAGCUCUGGCCCCACGCGAGGUGCCAGACUGCUCGAGUACCUGAUCAGAGGGAAAUUGAGAGCAUUCGUCCAGUGAAAAAGUGAAAAGCAUGGUAAACACUUUGUGUAUUAAUGCUUUAAAUACAGGCCAUAAUAGUUUCUAAUGA